AUGGCUGCGGCCGCUGGUUCCGUGUGGAACGCCAAUUCUUGGCACUGGGAGGAGAAGAGCUACACGAAAUGGAGUCGUGAGUACCUGCAGUCGCACCUCGGGGGGUUGAACCUCCUUGAGAACGUCCAAGAUGUAACGGCGACUAUCCUGCCGACUCCAGCAGUGACUGGGGAUGCCAGCGUGAGUGUGCGUAAGGGAAAGACGAUUAUGGCGAUUGAUUUGUCAGUAAACAUGCAGUUCGAGGCCAAGACCGCGCAGGCCGGCGAGGAAGGGAAACCGUGUCGCAGAUGCAGAGGAGAAAUCUGCAUCGGUGAAGUUUCUGCAGACUCUGUUGAAGACCGUGACUACACCACGGCUGCCAAGCUGAUUGACGUGCCUCUGCCGGAAGCCGAGUCAAUGUCUUCCGACGAGCGAGGGAAGACGCUGAAGCUCGUCAAGAGCAAGGGAAUGGACACUCUGCACGCGGCCUUCCAGAAAUUCAUCAAGGAUCUACAAGCUGCAGAGUCAAACACAGAAAAACUACAAGCAGACAAAGCCCAGCGUGAAGCCGAGCUGAAGCGCAUUCAGGAGGCAGAGAAGAGGAAUGGCGAGGAAAAGAAGCCCAUUGCAGAGCAAGAGAAGCAGCGGGACAUCCAGAUGAAGGAAGAUGCGAAGCAGACAACAUCUGCGCUUCCUCAGGCAUCCACGCCGCCGCAGGCGACGGUCGCGGGCCAGGGCUCUGCUUGGAAUACCAACUCCUGCCACUGGGAGGAGAAACCCAUGACGCAGUGGUGCCAAUCGACCCUGCUGGAGAGAUUCAGCAAGGCAGAAGUGACAUUACUGGAUGGAUCCACGACCCUCAAGUUCUUCAAUGUCAAAAUCGAGGGAGAGGCUUCAAACACCAUUCGAAAGGGGAAAAAGCUGGUGAUCUUUGACUUGACAAUUGGGGCCGACUGGUCAGCUACCGCGCGAGACGAAGCUGGCGUGUUCCUAGCAGACUCCAAAGGCCGAAUGGAUAUCACUGAUUUCUCGUCGGAGACGCUCGAUGACUACCAGGUGACCAUCCAGGGCGACGGGAAGGUCCCGGCGCAGGAGCGCAUCGACAAGGCAGCCAAGAAGGAGCUCCCCGCGAAACUCAAAAUCUUGCUGGACAUGUUUGUCCAGGAUCUGCGCGCUCGCGGUUGA